GCAGGUUUUCGAAAUUCUGUAUUUGCACCUUUUUGACAUGUCCUGUAUUCUAAGCAUAAUGUGAUGCUUCAUCUGUUUCUAAUUGGAUUCAAACACUCCAAAAAUGUGGAUGAAGUUUCGUUGGAAUAAGUGUUACCUUCUCAGAAACUGUAUUUUCAAUUAUUUUGUAUUGGUUUUGAUGCUACAAUUUCGCUGCCAAAUGGGCUCGGGAGUCGCCACUUUUUCUUCUAAGUAUUCUGAUGAAAAUUCUGUUCCUUUUGCAUUUACUUCACCACUUUAUGAAACAGUGUUAAUUAAUGAUGGAAGUUUGCACCGAUAUAUUAUUCCCACCAGUCGUCAUAUGGGUGUUUCCGAACCAUUCAGUGGGAACCCAUCUGGUGAUGUCGUAUUUAACAUCAUGGAUUUUGAUGCUCACAGUUCUUUUCGAGCUGCUUGUAAGAAACUCGGAAAAUUUUUCUUUUUGCAUCUUUAUGCUUCAUCUGAUAGUCCAGCUAUCAAGAAGAAACCAAAUUAUCGAUUCAAAGUUGAGGCAGUGUUCACUUCGCACAACCAUUCAUCAGUUACUCCAAUCCGAUUAAGCAAUACUACCGAAAUCAUCGUCAACGUCAUAGCUGUUCAUGAAAACUGUCCUAUCUUCACCAGAAGUUUCCAUCAUUUCGAUGUUCCUGAAAACAUAAGCGUCCAACAGUCUAUAGGAAAGUUGUCUGCAAGUAGUUCAGGUUCCAGCGUAAGUGCACAGAAUUUGUUUUAUAUGGAUCCAUUCGAACUCGAUAUACCUUUUCGGGUUGACUUGUAUUCAGGUGAUAUAUUCCCCACUCGUCCUUUGAACAGUCAAUACGCAAAGAUUGGUUAUCCAGAAUUUAUUCACGGAAAAUCGGAAAUCGAAAAUUUCGGGUAUUUAAAUUAUACUUUCAAUGUUUCUGUUGUGAGUCGUGGCGGCAGUGAUCGUGUACGCUGUAAUAUGGUUAUUGCUACAAGAGUUGAAAUAUCGAUCACUAAGUUCCGGCAUUCAGAUUUAUCAAUAAAGGUUGAACAUCUUGAAGAAAUUACCAUGCCGGGUGCGGCCGGUGUAGCUUAUGCUCGUGUUCACGUUGUUGGCUCACCGUCUUCUGUUGGCUCAGCAAUCGGACUCAGGAUUUCAGAACCAGAUAUGAGAGAAAAGUUUGAACUAGUGUCAACAAGUAAGAAAAAUGAAUGGGUAAUUCAGGCUAAGUAUGAUAUACACUCUAUUUCACUAAAUUCGUGGAUGAUGAUAACGUUGGAAGCAUACGAGGUCCCCAAGUUUGUUACCAAAUGGGAUGAAAGUCUGAAUGUUUUCACAGGCCGUUUGUCUCGUCUAAAUGUUAAUAUUCCUUUGGUUUUCAAGUCUAAAUAUAAAUUAUCUUUGCCCCCAGAAAUAAGAAUUCGUUUAUCAGAGGCUGCCAUUGUGAAUUCAACUAUAGAGGUUCUAAGGCCAUCAGCGAUUUUUAAUAUGACCAAUGCAAGCUUUGUGUUUACAGAUCUUCGUAGUCAAAAUCAAAAAUCGGAAUCCAAAGAAAAGAUAAGGUUGACAAAAAGUGGUUCUCUUGUGGUUGUGCAGCCACUUGAUUUAGAGAAUGAUAUUUCUGUCCAAAAAUCACCUCAGGCUCAUGUCAAUAACGUAAUUACCAUUCCUUUUACUGUUGUGGAUGGCAAUAAUUUGUUAUUAAGCAGUGCACCAGAGUCACGUAUCAUUGUUGAGGUUUUCGAUAUAAAUGAUUUAGAUCCUGUUGUGCAAAACAAUGGUUCUGUAUUUGAAAUACCUGAAAAUGCCUCUUUGAAUUCGCAUGUACUUUCAGUUAUCGGAUACGAUCCUGAUGUGUCACAUACAGAUCUUUCUUAUGUCCUAUAUGAUGCUGACAUCCUACCAUUUACAUUAAUUGGUCCUCGUAAUGAUAAGCUAGUAGUGUCGAAGCCUCUCGAUGCAGAAACUAUGCCAACAGAAUUCAUCGUUCGCGUACUUGUGUCAGAUUCUGGGAUUCCACUCCCUCGUAGCGUUUUAGCCGUUUACAUCAUUCGAAUCAUGGAUAUUAACGAACACCCUCCAGUCUUUGUGGAAGAUUCUUGUGAAAUUUCACUUCCAGUCACAGAUGAGGGCUCCAUUUUCUCCAAAGCAGCACCAUCGUCACCGAGCCUUAAUAUAGGUCGGUAUUUCGCUGAGGACUUGGAUCGAGAUGGUCAGAGUUCUGUUACAAUCCACAUAGCAGCUAGCAGUUUUCCAAGACCAUGUUUCAAAAUUGAGGAACAAACAGGUGAUCUAAAUGUUGUUUGUUCUUAUUUAGGUUCUCCAGGAGCUCAAAUUAUACUUAAUUUAUUGGCUUCAGAUGGUAUAAAAGUUUCCAAAGAAUCAUGUACAUUGUCAUUAAAUCUAGUUCGUUUUCAAGAAAUAGCUGGUACUAAUUUCACAAGGCGUUGCAAGUCAUCUCAUGUUUAUGAUAAAUUACAAGCACUGAAAAUAAAAAAAAAGAGGUAUGAAUUUCUACUUAGUCAAAAUACCGUUUACGAGCUGCAGUCGAAUCGCCAUCGACCACAAUUCCCGACGGACUUACCUACUCGUAUACAUAUUCCUGAAAAUCUUCCUAUAGGUACAGUUGUACUGAGGUUUGCGGCUUCAGAUGAAGAUGGUCCAGACUAUUCAAUGUCUGGGCAGAUCAUCUAUGGAUUAGAAGCUUUGAGGUCAGUGUCCUCCGAAACCGAAGCAGCAACAUAUAUUACAGACGUAGAUAUCAAACAAGCUUUCAUACUUUUGCCGAAUUCGGGGUUAUAUAGGGAAUUCGUUAACAACACAACAUUCUGCUGUGGUGUUUCGCUGGUAGUGGCUGCCUCCUUAGAUAGGGAAGUAAUUUCCAGUUAUAGUUUGAUUUUACGUGCAUGUGACCUUGGUCAACCGCAGUUAUGUACCUUUUCUCCACUACAUAUCUUCCUUGAUGAUUUAGACGAUAAUGCCCCUGAAUUUUUAAAUCCAUCUGUCCAACAAGGUAGUAAUAUGGUCCAUAUCUCUACGAAUCCUUCAAUACCAACAUCUCCUAAUCAGGAUAGGGCUUCAGGUAUUAUUAACGUUCCCGAAGAUGCACAGCCUGACACAAUAUUGGGUCAAGUUCGAGCUGUCGAUCGUGAUGUUACGAGCGAAGUUCGUUAUUAUCUGUUAAAUUUUCAGGAUGUAUUUAAGAUACAUAGUCGAACAGGCAAAAUCCGUUUGAAAACAAAAUUGGAUAGGGAGACUCAAGCAGUAUAUGAACUAUUGGUGUCUGCAGUCGGCUAUCCUCGUGGAAACCAUCAACAGUCCCAGUUUAAAAUACCAUACUUUGAUUUUAUCCAGGUCUCUCAAGCGGUCGACUAUGAUGUUCGACGCUCCGCAAAUACGCGUAUCAAUAUAAUCGUAACUGAUGUCAAUGACAAUCCUCCAGUAUUUUACUCCCCUGGUCUACCUCGAGAACAUCAAUAUCUAUAUAAUAAUUCAUCUGGAAUCACCGGUUUGAAUGCUUGGCUAGGGACUGAUGGAUAUGUUGUCUACGUGCCUGAAGAUAUCCCAGAAGGUGCUUAUAUAACUACGUUGAUGGCUACCGAUAGAGAUGAAGGUAUGAAUGCUUUGAUCAGAUAUAGUCUAUUCGGGAAGCAGGAGAGCAGUGCAAAUUGUUUUCAUACAGAUCAGAUGACUGGUGUUGUUCGUUUAGCUGCAGGAUGUGAUUUGCAUAGAAGUAGUCGUAGUCAUGUUCUUACAGCUUGGGCUAUGGAUCAUGGUGCAUCGCAGCUGUAUGCUAAUAUUUCAUUCAUUGUUCAUGUCUUGUCUGUCAAAUUGAAUAUUUUUCCACCUCGUUUUAUGGCACACCCAGCUCUGUUUAGUGGAUGGAUACGUGAGAACCAACCUUCUGGAAGUUUCGUUUUUUCAAAGCGUGAUCUUGCAUCUAAAUUGCAACUGAAAGCAAUUGAUGCAGAAGGUAGCAAUGUAAUUUUUGUUGUAGUUGGGGGAUCAGGAUUCGGUCUGUUUGGUGUGAACGAUAAUGGUUUCAUAUUCAAUACACGAGAAAUAGAUGCUGAGUCAGUACAAGAAGAUGGAGGAUUUUGGUUGGUAAUUUAUGGGCUUGGAUCGCAACAUCCAUCCACGUCCUCUUCAUUUGGUUCUGAGACCGUGGAAUCCUAUAUGGUUUCGUCUGAAUUAAAUGGACCAUUGUAUGCGAUUGCCGAGCUAUUUAUUGAAGUCGUUGACGAAAAUGAUCAUUUUCCUGUAUCUCUGAUUCCACAAUACCGCCAUCACUUGUUGGAAAAUUCACCUGCUAAUAUUGUAGUAGCUCAUAUUGUCGCUUCUGAUUCUGAUAAAAAUAAAAAUAACUUGACAUAUAUAAUAACAGCUGGUGAUCCUCAAGGUCACUUCAUGGUCGACUUAAAAACAGGUGUGUUGACAACAACAGAACGUUCAUUGGAUCGUGAAGCAGUUCUAAAAGAUACUGGAAGAGUCGAAUUGAAUCUUGUGGUUAGCGUAUCCGAUGCUCAGUCAAAUCCACGAUCAACUGAAGUUUCAGUUAAAGUCGAAUUAAUGGACGUAAACGAUAAUUCACCUCAGUUCGUUCAUACUGCUCCAAGUGAAUUUUCAAAAUAUAUUAUGGGUGCAGAGAUCCCUUUCUACUUUUUUCAGUAUUAUGCAACAAACGCUUCGAAUUCAGUGAUUUGUGUUGGACGUGUUUUCGCUUUAGAUUUGGAUGCUGGAUUAAAUGGGACAGUUGUUUAUGAACGUGAAUCUUUAACUAGUUUUCAGCUAAUAACAGACGGUGGUUUUAAUGUAAUAACAAAUAGUGGCUUGAUUUGUACCAAAAAUGGUCUACCACCAGUUGGGGAAUAUAGAAUUCAAGUAUAUGCUAAAGAUCAAGGUACUCCGAGUUUACGUUCAAAUAAAGAUCAAUCAGCGCUUGUCUCUAUUCGUAUACUUAAACCUCCGACUGCUGAUUUAUCAGAAAGAUUAGUUGAAGGUACUCAUUCAAUAAAAUAUACAUCCAUACCACCAAACACUUAUUCAAUAGAUACCAACUGUAUUAUUGGUCAGAAACUUUUCAGCUUUUCAGUUUAUGAUUCUUAUGAUCCCAGUGGAAUGGGACUAAUAUUUGAACUUUUAACAUCCAAUCAUUCCUAUCAUCAUCCAUUCGCAGUUGGCUAUUCUACACCAACCAAUUUAUUUGUCUAUUUAGCUGAACAUUUAGAAUAUCAUUUGUCACCUGUUCAUAAUUUAUUAUUGAUUGUUUCAAAUGGUUUAGAGAUGAUAACUACCAAGAUUGAAAUUACUGUGAAACCGACUAUUCGAUCAAGUCCGAAAUUUCUUCUACAUUCAAUCACUUCAGAAUCUGUAGGGAAUAUAAAUAUUACUAAUUUGUCGCAACCAGAGGAAAAUUCAUCUCUAACUGAUAAUUAUCAUCAACACAUAAUUAUUCAUGUAAAUAUAACAGAGUCUACACUAAUUGGAAGUCUUGUCUGUCGAUUGUAUGUGGAAGAGUCAGGUAUAGAUUUCAUGAACAAAAUACACUAUUCCAUAAUAUCUGUUGAACAUAGUCAGACAUGGGAUUUGUUUACUUUGAAUGAAAAUACCGGUGAACUACUUGUCAGCGGACUUUUGGAUUAUGAAAUGAUUCAGCAUCAUUACAUAUUGGCUGCAGUACGAUAUUCAGGAGUGUCAUUGUACUCAUCUCACGCAACCAUCUAUGUACAUAUAUUAGAUGCGAAUGAACAUGCUCCACAGUUUCUUGGUUUAUAUACACCUUCAAAUUUAAUCACUAAUAAUAUAAACGUAUUAGAUAGUGAUGCAAUGUCUCGUUUAGGAAGUUUCACUUUUUAUGUAUCAGGUGAUAGUCCUGUCGGUAGUUCAAUUGGUUGUGUCACAGCAUUUGAUCCAGAUUCUAGUGAUAAUGGACAAAUUGUAUACAACAUUGUUAAAGGUGAUACUUCUGAUUUCUUUGCUAUUGAACCAAAAACCGGAUGUAUAACUUUAGUGAAACAUCUACUUCCUAGUCAUUCUUACUCAAACACUGGGGAGUUAGUACCGGGACUUAACUCAAAACUGUUUGUACGAACACAUUAUCUAGUUGUAUCUGCAAGUGACAAUGGGACUCCUGUAUCAAAAUCUAAUUAUACACAAGUUAAAAUACACAUCGUUCCUGGCCCCGGUGGUAUUGAUGCACCAGCACCACGUUUUGCAUCCGAUGAUGUACUUUAUUUAACUGUUCAUGAAAAUGUUCCACCAAAUACAGUUUUGGCACCAUUAAUACGCCAAUUGACUUCGGAUUCUGCUAUACCUGGUUUUAUUGCAUUUCGAUUAGUCAUGGCCGAGCCAAUGAAUUUAUUGUAUGAGCAUCGUACAAAUUCAAAUGUUCCUAUAAAUUUGUUUGGAGUAAUUGUUGAUACUGGUCUGUUGGUCACAUUGGUUCAGUUAGACAGAGAAACACAUGGUGAUUUUCAUCGUCUUGUUGUGGAAGUCGUCGGCACUGGUGGUAUUCGCAGUAUGUUCUAUGAUCGUUUGAUAAUUCAAAUACGCAUUCUCGAUGUAAAUGAUAAUCCACCAAAAGUCAUUGGCCCAAGUCGUAUGACUGGUUGGAUUACUGAGAAUUCACUAGCUGGUACUAUGAUUGUGGGUCAUUGUUUAGAAGAUCAUUUGGUUGCUUGUGAUCCAAACUAUAUCAGUCCACUCACUAUAAAAGCCAUUGAUUAUGAUGUGGGUAUGAGUGCGAAGAUUGUAUAUAAUUUUGUCGGAUCACAAGUGGAAGAUCAGAAUCGUCAACCUUUCAUUGUGGACAGUUCAACUGGAGUACUACGUCUUGCUGAUCAUGCAUCGUUAGAUCGCGAAUCAAUAGGACAUUACAAUCUUAUGAUUGAAAUAUCAGAUAGUGGGACACCUAGUCUUACAGCUGACCGAUUAAUAAGAAUUUUUGUUGAAGUUACAGAUGUAAACGAUAGUCCUCCGAUUUUUACAGAUUCAUUUUACUUAAGAUCUACACUAUUUUUACCAACUUAUCCAACCGAAUCGGUUUUACAAUUAACGGCAGAAGAUCCAGAUCUGAAUGACUCUGUUCAUUAUUACCUUGUCGGUGGAGAUGGCGCUGAGCAUUUUACUCUUGAUGAAAAUGAUGGUAUUUUACGUGUAGCAUCGAAUUCUACUCUUUCAUUAACUAAUGUCUCGUAUUCACCAUUUUCAUUAAAUGAUCAAGUCUUUUUUCUACAUGUUGAAGCUUGGGAUAAUCAUAAACCAAUAGCUCACGUUAGUCGUUCAAAUGUUACAAUUUUUGUACGCUGUUCAACUUCUGUUCAAGAAUCUCAAACCUUAAUUAUAGAUCCUGUAGAUGGUUUGUAUGUGGAAGUUGAAGAACACUUUGCUGGUCCAGAUCUACUCAAACUAGGUCAAUUGUCCGUUCGUAACUCUCCGAUUGGCAGAAUCUAUAGGUUUAUCACGCUCGAUCCUCAUCCGGGCAUUUUUGUCCAUCCAUUGACUGGUGGAGUUUUUGCUACCGGGAAACAAAAUUCCACCGAAUUAGAUCGUGAAUCAACUGCGAAUUUCACUAUGAAUAUUCUUGUACGUGAUGCUGAAAAUCGUAUUGGAACUGCUGUAAUACAUAUACAUUUAUUAGAUAUUAAUGAUUACCAACCGGAAUUUAUUGGUUUACCAUAUUAUGUCACGUUUUGUGUUGGUUCAAGCGCUAGUUUCAAUGCAUUGAAUGAACAAUCAACCGAUCCAAGUAUAGAAGCUGAUCCUACUUGUAAAAGUUUGAAUAAUUUUAAAGUUACGGCUAUUGAUAAAGAUAAAGGUAUAAAUGGAACUGUGGUGUAUAGUCUUACCAAUAUUCGUCCUAGAGCUGAACCACCAUUAUUAUCCAUCAACUCUACAUCUGGACAUAUAUAUUUACUUCGAAGUCUUCCAUCUGAUUGGACUGGUAGACAAAUUGAAGCUAUUGUUGCAGCAAUCGAUGGAGGGGGUCUUUCGUCAACAGCUAUUGUUAAUAUUCAUUUGGUUGCUGAAAAUGGUCCACAAUUCUCAGCUAUACUUUAUUCUGCUACUGUUCUGGAAUCUGUACCUAUCGGUGAAACUGUCACUUCUGUUGAAGCAGUAGGCAUAAAUAAUGAUGUUAGUUUAAUUUAUCGUAUCGUAAGUGCUAAAUCUAUGAAACAAAUCCUUAUGUCAUCCAAUGAUUUAUUUCAUGAUUUCAAAGAAAAAGAUCCAUUAACACUAGAGGAUUGUCCAUUUGGACUUGAGUUUAAUACAGGCAUUGUUCGAGUCAGUAAUCGUUUAGAUUAUGAAGUCUCAUCUCACUAUUUAUUACUAAUUGAAGUUAUUGAUACUCAAACAGGUUUUGCGGCUCGUGUAAAUCUGAUAAUUAACGUAACUGAUGUCAAUGAUGUUUCACCAAUAUUUGCAACUAAUGAAUAUUCUACGUCUAUAUCGGAAAAUGUUCCCAUUGGUUAUCGAAUUCUAACCUUGAAAGCCUAUGAUCCAGAUUCUGAUUUAGGAGGACUGAUAAAAUACAGUUUAGAGUCACAUAAUCCAUUAACGGACUCGAGUCUACUUUCGUAUUUUAAAUGUGAUCCAGAAACUGGUGAUAUAUUUGUUGCUAAACAAUUGGAUUUUGAAAGUGUACGUGAAUAUUUUUUAUGGGCUGUUGCUUCUGAUCAGUCGCUUAAUUCAUUAGUGACACGUGUUCCCCUUCAUAUUCAUAUCUUAGACUUCAAUGAUAAUCCACCGUAUUUCGAUUCAUUUUUACCAUUGAAAAUUGAAAAUCCUUUAUCUAUCAAUCAGGACAAUAUUGAUAUUAUUCAGUCAAAAUGUGUUUAUCAUGUUGCAUUAAAUGAACGUUCACCUAUUGGUACAAUUAUUUCACAAUUAUCUGCUACAGAUCCAGAUAUAAAUGAUUCACUAUUAUAUCAUAUUAUAUCAAUUCAUCAGAAUGAAACAUUUUAUUUUCAUCUUGAUGAAUAUAGUGGUAUAUUACGUUGGAUUCCUUUAGUGAAUAUUUUUGGCAAACCUAUUGGUAGUAAUAAACAAUUAAAUACAAAUGAAAUAAUUACAACUUUGAAUCAUAUUAAUCCAUUAGAAUUUCAUUCAGGUAUAUCUAUUGAUCAGAUUAAAAUUAAAGUUGAAGUCACUGAUGGCCUACAUUCAAGUACAUGUGAUGUCAUAGUUCAUUUGGAUCCAAGUAAUUGGGAUCCACCUAGAUUUCAUUUACCAAAAUAUGAAUGGUGGGAAAUAUCAGAGCUAACAACUGUUGGAUCAAUUGUUAACCGAAUCCAACCAGCUAAAGAUAUGGAUCGUGGUAAAUAUGGACAAAUUGUCUACAAUAUAACUGGUGGUGAUAAACAUGAAUGGUUCAGCAUAGAUCCUAGUGAUGGUACUAUUCGUUUGACUCGUUCAUUGGAUAGAGAAAUGAAAAAUCAAUAUAGUUUACUAAUACAAGCUACAGAUGGUGGCGGCCUAAUGGAUUUCAUGAAAUUAGACAUUUCUGUUAAAGAUAUCAAUGAUAAUCGACCAAUAUUUGCACAGGACAAGUAUGAAUUGACGCUAUUGCCAUUCAUGUAUAAUCCAUCUGAGGAGGAAGUUUUUCCAGUGACUUUACCGUUACAGUUGAAAGCCUAUGAUUUCGACAUUGAAGAAAAUGCUCAACUUGUCUAUAGAAUAUUCAGUUCACCAUCCAGUGAGUUAUUUCAAUCUAAACGAUUUUCAAUCGAUUCAACUACUGGUUUACUUCUACUGAAUGAACGAUUAUCACCGUCUGUUGCUGAUGGUAGGAAAGAACAAAUGUUAGUCGUUGCUUGUGAUUCACCUGUUUAUUCUGAUUCUGUUGUGCUUUGCUCAAAUCCUGUACAGAUUCACAUACACAUUUCUAACCAGUCAUCUAUUGUUCUACCGGAGAUUGUGUGUACAUCUCAACGUUUAUUAGAGGAUGAUUUUAUGUUUGAACGUCAAGUUGGUGUAUGUGAAGUUAAACCGGCUAAUUGGAGUAGUCAUUCAUGGCACCUAACUGGCAUAUCACCACUACCACUACAACAUGAUCAAAGUAUUUUUAGAAUUGACUCUGAAACCGGUCAAAUAUUUUCGAUAAAACCUUUGAAUUAUGAAGUUCAAUCAAUAUAUGAAUUAAAUAUUGAAUUUCAUGCUUUGGCAUAUAAUCCUAUAAUCAUUAUGCGUACAAAGUUAACCAUUGAACUGAUUGAUGUCAACGAUUGUACACCAUACUUUGAUUCUCCAUUAUAUCAUAUUGACUUACCAGAGGAUUAUCCAAUCAAUGUAAAAUUCCUUCGAACUUUAGCUAUGGACGAUGAUGCUGAUCACGAUCAGGGUGGUCAUUAUGCUGGCAAUAAACAAGAUAUCAUCACUUAUUCUCUAUGGCCAAUAUCUACUUUAACGUCGGGACAUUUAAGUUUACGUGGAAAUUUCCAAGAUCAGUCGGAUAAUUUAGAAAAGUUAAUUUUAUUUAAUCCUGAAUUACAAACAUUACGUAAAUUGUUUAAAAUAGAUGGAAAAGGUUGGAUCUCACUCAGAUCUUUUUUAGAUUUUGAAUCGAAUCGUGAGCAUAUAUUUCAGGUUAUGGCUACUGAUGCUGUUGGUCAUUGGAAUACUAGUCGAGUACACAUUUUUGUACGUGAUGUUAAUGAUAACCCACCUUAUUGGCCACUUUCACCAAUCCGUAAUGAUUCUUUGGAAUUUAUUUUACCGGUCGAUUUGAGGAAGCGUCAAAUAUUGUCAGAUGAAAUUGAAAUCUUAGAAAAUUGGUGGCCAUCAAAAGAUGAAGAGAUUAUCUAUCAGUUAUCCAUAAUGGAUCCUGACCAGGAUGUACAGUCCGAAGUUAAGUUCACCCUCAUCAAUGAACACUUGCCUGCUUUAUCCUCCCAAAAUUCUCAUGGGAAUAGUUUCUUUUAUAUUCAACCAUCGGGUGCUCUACGUCUUCGCAAACCACUAGAUAGAGAACUAUCAUCUGUUCAUGUUCUUCGAUUUCAAGCAUCGGAUGGGCAGUUUGUUACACAAGAUCUUUUUAUUUUACGCGUGAUAGUUAAAGAUGCAAAUGAUAAUAUCCCAAUAUGUAUACAACCGGAUCGCGUUAUCUCAGUCCCAGAAAAUUUGAAACUGGGCACAAUUUUGACAACAUUAAAUGCAACAGAUAGUGAUGCAGAUGCUCACAACUCUAUGAUCACGUAUUCCAGUAAAUUUCAGAAUUCAAAUUUUUUCUCCGUCGAUACUCACAAGGGCACUGUCACUUUAAGCACAUCAUUAGAUUUUGAAUUAAGUCAAGAACAUGAACUUAUAAUCGAUGCUGUAGAUCCCGAAGGAUUUAGUUGCUCAUUCAAUCUGAAAGUAGUUGUUUUAGAUAUCAAUGAUAACCAACCAAUAUUCGAUGCCAUAGAGGUAAAUGCUAUUCCAGAAGAUGCACCACUAGGAAGCUUGGUAGGAAAGAUAAAUGCUCGAGAUUUGGAUUCUGUUGAUACUAAUCGUUUAGUCUACAGUCUCGUUGGAGCCCAUGACUCUAGUUUCAGUAUUGAAUCACACACUGGCUUAUUAAGAGUCAGUCGACCAUUGGAUCGUGAAGUUAAAAGUGUUCAUACACUAACUGUUAUAGUAACAGACGGAUCACAUCAACAUUCUAGUGCAGUCGAACAGUCUACUUCAUUCACAUCGAGUGCAACAUUUACUAUAAAAUUACUUGAUGUCAAUGAUUCACCUCCUCAAUUUGUGAACACAUCUGCUCAUCGGAUAAAAAUAUCAGAACUGGCGCCUAUAGGUGAAAGGCUAACUCGCCUCAAGGCGAUUAGCCAAGAUGAAGGUGAUAAUGCUGUGAUACAUUAUCGUUUGCUUACUAAACAACCGGAAUUUGGUUUAAAUGAAACAACUGGUGAUUUAUGGCUUCAGAAACCAUUGGAUUAUGAACAAACAUCAGCAUACUUUUUAACUAUCGAAGCACGUGAUCGUGGUCAGCCUCCAUUGAGUAGUACAGCUGUGUUAACUGUUCACGUGGACGAUGCUAAUGAUAAUCAGCCACAAUUUUUGGGUAGACAACGUAUUCCAGAAAAUAUUGGUUUGAAUAACCUGGAUGGUCUGACGUCCAUUAAUUCAAAUUUUUAUGAAUAUUACUAUUCAUUCAGUGUAGUGGAGAAUAGUCGUAAUGGUACUGUUGUUGGCAAGUUGAAUGCAAUCGAUCCAGAUAGCGGUGAUAACGGUCGUGUAAGCUUUCAUCUGAGCGGAAGUAUUGAUUUCUCUACUUUAUUUAAAACCUAUCAACAGGAUUCAGAAAACAUAGAAUUUUUAACAGUUGCUGAAGCUAAGACACGUUUUAGUUUAGACUCAGAAUCUGGCCGGUUAAUGCUAAUCUUUCAACCUGAUCGUGAAGCAGUCAUUGGUUAUUGGUUAGUGGUACAAGUUGAAGAUUAUGGAAAACCAAUUCCUUUGUCUAGCCUAACAUUAGUUUAUGUGGAAAUAUUGGAUAUCAAUGAUUGUGCACCGACAUUUGAAAAGUCUAACUAUGAAUUUUUUGUUGAAGUUGAUCGUUCCGGUAAUAUAAGUUCAUGUUCUGAGAAACAAAAUUCAUAUGAAAAUAAUUGUCAGUCUACUACCGGUAGCAGUGGGAAUGUUCUCAUUGGUCGGCUCAAGUUGACAGAUUCUGAUGCCCAUCCAAAUUCUGGUCCAUUUACAUGUCACUUAGCUAAUUCUGGUAUUAUCCAAACUGUUCUACAUGAUUCAUUAUCAUCAUCAAGAUCAAGUGCUACAUCACUCAUUACUUCUACUACUGGUAGUAGUAGUAGUACCAGUCUAUUUUCUGUUCGAUCUACAGAAAUGAGAAUUCAUACAUCUAAUUCAAACAAAAAUAAUCAUCUCAACAAUCAGACAGAUUUUAGUAGAGGGGAAUGUUUACUCUAUGCUAUUGACAAAUUACCUGUUGGUAGUCAAAGUUUAGUGAUCCGAGCCAAUGAUAAUGGUUUAACUGCAUUACAUACAACAACUACGGUCACUGUUCGUAUCAUCCGGAUGUCUAAUCUACCACCAGAGAUUGUCAAUACAAAUUCUACAUUGAUUUAUUAUCGCAGUUUACACGAUUGGAAUGAGAAUUAUUUUCAUGAGUCAUCUUCGAAACAAGAUAUCUCUGAGCAAAUUUUUGAUAAAACUAUAUGUCGUAUAACAGUAAAAGACCGUACAGCACAUGAUCGGUUAUUUUUUGAAUUAUUAAAAGAUAACACAUCCAUGUCAAAUUUAUUCUCUGUCGACCAAUAUGAUGGAACUAUACGUCCUGCUAUGAAAAUAUCUUCUAAUCCCGAUACAAGCCGCUCUAAUCUAUAUGAUACCUCAACUUCUUCACGUAAACCUAUAUUGAACCAAUUUCAUAAUUCACUAAUUCAUCUUGACUCUGGUAAUUAUCCAUUGCGUGUACGUGUUACAAAUGGUACGCUUACUUCUGAAGCAACAAUGCAUAUUAAAGUGAUAGCGAUAACUGAAGAAAUGCUUGACUCAUCGUUGGUGAUUCGAAUUUCAAAUCUACUACCAAAUUUAUUUUAUAUGGAAAAUUAUAAUACUGUUUUACAAAAUCAUUUAUCUAAUCUACUUUUAGAGUCAAGUUCAUCGUAUUUUUCACCAUCCAGUUCAACAAUCUUAUCACCAAAGAAUAAUUCAUCACAAGAUGAGAAUGUUUAUAUUCUUUCUGUACAAGACACAGAUUUUCCGAAUCGUCUUAAUUCUUUGUCAUCUUCAUCUAAUGUUUAUCAUCAGAAAAAUGCAUUUAUGGAUUCACACCGUAACAAACGUAGUAUUGAUAGAGCUGUUGAUAUACUGAUCGCAGUAUAUGAUCCUAAAGAAAGAGAAUUUAUUAAACCAUUUAAAAUCGCUCAAGCUAUCAAUGGAAUAGCUGAUAGUUUAUCUGUGGAAUUCGGAGGAGAAAUUGAAGCUGUCCAUGAUGUUUGUACACCACAGUUCUGCCCUCGCGGUCGUUGUCAUACAAAAGUUAGUAUUGAUCCGAAUGGUCUCAUGAAUCGUAUUGAAGUGCAUCGUGUAAAUCAAGUAUCACCUCGAUUUGUGUUAUCGCCUGUUUGCCAAUGUCCGAUACAUUUUACUGGUUUACUUUGCAAUACACCGACUGAUGCUUGUGCACUGGCCAAUUGUCCUGCCUCUCGAUUAUGUAUUCCACAUGGUUUAAAUGACUAUUCGUGUAUUUGUCCACCGCCUCGCACCGGUCCCAAUUGUGAAUCACUCUUAAUUUACGGUGAUGGCAGGGAUGAUUGUCAUUCAGAAUCGUGUUUUAAUCAAAGAGAAAAUGGACCAUUACAGUUUACUGGUGGGACAUUUAUUCAUUGGGAAUUUGUAAAUCCUAAUCCAUUUUUUAUGGAGUUGAAAUUUUCUUUUCGAACUCGACAAACAAAUGGACCUUUAGUAUUUAUACGUUGGUCAUCAAUAAGAACUUUUCAAAUAAGAUUAACCAAUGGUGGACAUUUGGUGAUUUCUGCUACUGGCUUAUCUAAUGGUUUACCAAUAACUGAUUGGUUAGUAUCUAAUGUAUCAAUCGCCGAUGGUCAUUGGCAUCGUGUACGAUUUGUUUUGACAGUGUUGAAUUCCAAUAAAGCAACCCAUGUUGAUGCCUUAUUUCAUGAUGCAUUAAUAGAAGAUUCAAAAAUGAAAUCAAAUUCUUGGAAUUCCAACUCUGAUUGGUGGGUUGAACUAACUGUCAAUGGAAUCAAUCCUCAAUCUGCUUCAAUUAACUGGAGUCCAGGUGAUUCAUAUCAACAAGGAAUUCUAGUUGGAGCAGAUCUAGUACAUGGAUUUCGUCCUUUGAGUGAACCGUACAAAUUAACAACCAUCAGCACAGCUCCCAAAAGUAAUUCAUUUCCCAAUUCAACAAAUUCAUCGCCGAUUAUCUUCCGAUCUGGAAUUGUUGGCUGUUUUCGUGAUUUCACUAUUAAUCAUAUCAAACCACCUUAUCAAAUCAAUUUGGCUCCAAAACACUCUGAAAGUUUUCGUGGUUUCUCUUCAAACCCAUCUGUAUUAAUUGUAAGGACACAUAAAUUAGAAUACGGUUGUCAACCUAUUAUGACAAUAUCUGGAUCUUGUGCAUCUGGGCCGUGUUUACAUGGUGGAACUUGUGUAACUGGUUCAAAACAAUCAUCUAGCAGUUCAUCUUAUAUAUGCGAUUGCCCUUCAUUAUUUCAUGGGAGACAUUGUGAACGAACUAAUGAUGCUUGUCUACUUGCACCAUGUUACAAUGGUGGAAGUUGUCAAGCUCUCAUAACAUCAAGUAUAUCCAAAACACCUGCACAUUCUGGUUUAGCUGCUUAUCGUUGUAUUUGUCCAGCUGGUUUAUCUGGUUUACAUUGUGAAAUCGUACACCCGGAAAUUAUAUCACAAACCUCAUUGUUAAGUAAACCAUUAGAGAAAAGUGGUUCAACAAUUCAAUCUGGUAUUACUUGUCAUACAGCACAAUUAAUUCUACAACAGGAUAUAUUGAAUAAAAUACAACCGGGAACCAGUUCUAAUUUUCGUUAUGCCUUUUCGAUACCUUCAUCGAAUAUAAAUCAAGAUUCACGAGAAUUGGUUUGUUUACAUAAUGGUUCGUGUUUGGAUUCGUCUAGUGGUCCACAGUGUAUUUGUCCUUCAGGUUGGCAAGGAGCACGUUGUGAAUAUGAUGUUGAUGAAUGUCAAGUGGUGAAAAGUAUCUAUUCAAGUGAUUUACAUCAAUCUGCACCCUAUAUCAAAUGGUUAGAAAACCGCGCCAGUUCUAAAGGAGGUUUAUGUAGUCCAUACAGUUCUGGACGAGGUGUAUGUUUUAACACUCCUGGUUCAUAUAAAUGCAAUUGUUCAGUCGGUUUUUCUGGUCAACAUUGUCAAUCAAAGAAUUUGAUCCCGUUAAUUCCUGAUACCACCGUUCUUGGACUUAAUCAAUUUCAUAUUUAUAUCACCGUUGGCCUUUUAGCAUUUCUUUUUCUGGCUGCAUUGGCUACAAUAGUAUUGUUGGCGUGUCGUGCUCGCGGUAUGAUUGGUGGAACAUUGGAUGGAAAUCGACGAUCUGUUAAAUCAGUCAGUUCAUAUUGGCCUAAUGGGGGGAAUCAACAAACGAAACCUACAUCUCGUUUAUCAGACUCUCGAUUAAAUCAUUUAAGUCAUUCUGCUGGUGGGAGUUUAUCUGGUAUACCAGUUGUUGCUGCUAGUCCAGCACACUUAAAUCAUGUUGGUCAUAUUGGUACACAUCCUAGGUAUCAUAUGAUAUCUACAAGUCAUCGUCGUCCCUCUCUAGCCUCGACGACGUUCGGUUAUCCAGUCGCAAUGGAUGAAAGUGCAACCGCUCUACUGAACGGCAACUCGGGACAAAUGCCAUUUUCUUCAGAAUCCGUCAAACUUGGUGGAAAUUGUAAUGCUGGUGCCACGUUGGCAGACUUUGGGGAUCGUGACGAUUCUGUUUCUGCCUGUAAUUCUGGAUUAGUGCUGUAUCCAACUGGCGUUAAAGAUCAAAUCCCAGUGAUGAUGAUGCUUUCUCCCCUUCCUGGUGCACAUGGAUCAGUGGGCCCUGGUAACCGAGCUAGUGUAAUUGCACGCUACUCACCUGCUUCUUCAGUUAUCUUCUAUGGGCCAGGUGUUCCCUCUGGUUCUGCAACGCCUACAAAUCAGAUCCAUUCUCCUCAACCAGGUUUUUGUGUCGAUUCGUCAGGUUCCGGCUAUAUUUCUCAACGUCAAUGCUUCACUGGUUCUCAGGUAGCCGUGUAUCCAUCAGGACAUCCUGCAUUUUUACCUCAUCCUCAGUCUCACCAACAGCUUAUUCAAAUGGUCAACAUGCGUCCGAAUUCUGUAGUAGGUUCUGAUCGUUUAUCUCUCGGUUCAGGUAGUGACCGAUUUUCUGCUCAUAGUAGUCAGGUUCUAGUGCAACCUAACAGUACUGGUCCUAUGCCUUACCCGAAUUGUCCUCAGUCUCAAGCUUUAACACCCCAGUUAUACUACCAUCAACCAUCAACACCUCAAAACCAAACAUGGACACCUCAUUUAUCAAAUACAGGGCACAAUCAACCUGGUUUGUUGAUUAUAAAUCAAAAUCAUGAUGAUUCUAACUUGGAAGAUGCAUGUAUGACACUAAAACCCCAGAAUACUGACACUGUCAAAGCUGUUGAUGUAAACAAACUCCAAUCGCCUAUGAAAAGUCAGUCAACUUGUGAUAACCAAACACCUGAACCAAUCAGCAAUAAUAACCGGAAGGAACUCAACCAACGACCAGUUCCUGCCAGCAUCCAGCAUACUACAAGUGCAUUUGUUUUACAAGGGCGACAAUAUUCUGGGAGACAACAAAAUAAUCAUGCUUUCAAUUUAUUGCAUGCUCUAUAUCCAUGUUGUCCUCAAUCACACCCUAUUUCCAAUGCAUGUUUUAAUCAAAAUUCAAAUCAUAUUUUCGGAAUAACUGAUCGAACAGGGUGCACAGGAUAUGCAUUUAACAAUUUUUAUCCUUUUGGUAUACACCAAGCAAUUCCUGUCAUUCAGAAUACACCCAUUUUACCAUUCAUGUUUUCGCGUCAGUCAGUCAAUUUAGAUUCGAUGCCUGCUUAUCCACCGAUUCCAGAAAAUGCAUCGACUAUUGAAAGGGACGUACUAAAUUCGGAAUCAUUAUUUCACCUUCCAGAUUCAUGCCCUGUUUUAAACGAUGAUAGUUCCCAACUGGAAUCUAUGCACUGGCCUUCCACUCAGAAUAGUACCUCAUUAAUCCGUGACUCACUUGGUGGCUAUCAUCAAUCAUCAUUUUCAGUGAUACCAAAUUCCAAAAGACCGACACUUAUAGGUGCUUCAUCACGUGGAUUCCAUCACCGCCCGACACUGGAUAAAAGAAUUAUUGGUGUCGCUUCUCGUCGUACACGUCAACCUCGAGGAAUUAUGAAAUUUAGCACAAUCGAACUGCCUCCACCAACAUCUAGGCCACAAUCAGCUCAUUUACUUGGCUUGCAUGUAACCUCGAAGUCAGGAAAUGGAUAUAUUACAAAUCAAAAAUCAGAAGCCCAUUCUAAUUCUGGAAUACGAAAUACUAUUAUUGUGGAGACAAAUGGUUGUGUAAACGGUUCACAGGUAGUGGGUGAUCCUAGUCCUUCUCCUACACAUUUAUCAAAUAAUUUUGCAAAGGUUGGAUCCAUUCAUACUAUAUCAACUUCUGAACAUGUUAAUAAUUCACAAAACAAUAAAACUAACAAAGACGGUGGUGCUGCUCAAGAUCAGAUUCCAAACAAUUUGGAUUGGUUUGGUAAUGGGUCAGGCUAUCAUCCACUUCUCUCAAGCAAUAUCUGCAAUUCUUUAGAAUUAAAUGGAAAUUACAAAGAAUCUCAGAUAAAAACCAAUGAGACGUCAGAUACAACAGCAACAUCGGAAAUCUCCAAAAAAUCAUUGACCAAUGGUCAAACAACAAUAAUAACACCAACGACAACAAAACAACAACUAUCUUCGAAUGUUGUAAAUAAUUUAAUUCAAGAUACAAAACAUAUGGCACACAUAAAUGAUAUGUAACAAUUGAUUUCUUCUCCAUUUAUUGCUCUUUUUAAUCUAUUUGCCUCUUUUUAUGAUAUAAUUAUGUAUUUUAAAAAAUUCAACGAAUAGGUUACUAUAUUCUGGUGUUUAUUAAAAUGUCUAUCAAUGAAAUGAAUAAACAUUUCUCUUCUGCUGAUGUCCUUGUGAACAUACAUGUUAUCGUCUUUUAUUCAUAAAUUCAUCAUAUACCUGUACAAAAUGUACGAAAUAAGAUUAGUAAAAUGAAUCGGUGAUAAAGAUUUGUGCUACCGGUGCUACUUUUUAUUUAUCAGGUGUGCACAAGUUAAUGUGUCUCUGUGUGUGUUUUUUAUGGAAGUGAACUUAUGCAUUUCUUGUUGAUUCGCUCUUUCUUCCUCUCUUCAUCUGUUUAUCUACCUUUCCAAUGUAAUCUACCUCGCUAAUAUAUAAACUGAUUUUCAUGUUUUCUCUCGUUUAUAUGUUUUCUUCUUAUCGUCCUUUUUCUCACUGCUGUUGUUAUUAUUGUUGCAACUUCUACGUGUGAUUAUUUUACUCGUUAUCAUCAACGAUAUAUAUAUAUAUAUAUAUAUAUAUAUAUAUAUAUAUAUAUUGCACAACAUUUGUUUAUAAAUGUUAAUCACAGUAAUCUCAUUCUUCUUUUUUUCAAUGAUCUCAAAAUAACAAGAAUUUCUUUCUCUUUAUAUCAGCAUACCGAAGAUCAUCACUAUUUGGUCAGUUUAUUGUAUUAUAAAUUUUAAUGUGAACAAGAGUUUCUUUUUAAACUGACUUAUUACAUUAAAUAAAUAAAUCGAUGUGAUUUCUGAUUCUCUCUCUUUAUGUGUUUUCUUUUAUUUCUCUUACCAAACUGUUAUUAGUUAUCGAAUGUACUCAUGCUACUUAUUAAUCAUAAUUAUGGAAUGCACAACCGGUUCAUUGAAAAUCUUCAAAGUUUCUUUUAAAAAUCAAUCCUCUACAUCUGUUUGUCUGACUGAUUAUUCAAAACAAAAGGAAAAAGUUAUUUUUUUUCUUCUGUUGUAUUUUGAGUUUGCUAUUAACAGGUUUUAACUGUAUUCAUCUUCAUUUUAUUAAAAUUGCUUAUUUAGUAAUUUACUUUUGAAUUCAUAUCAAUGCAUAGAUUUUGUAUUUUGUUUUUAUCCUCGUCUCUCCCCUCCUGUUUCACUCACUCACUCACAUAAACUCUUCUAUGUACGUCUUCAAGGACUUAGUUUUAUCUAUGAACUUUUACCUUUCUCAAUUUUUUUACUACUCCUUAGUUUAUUUGCUUGUUCAUUAGUUUUCCCUUUUCAAAUGGGACAUCGUGAUAUCAAUACUAAAUCUGUGUUUUGUAUGUGAAUGUAAACAUUAAUUCUGAAAGUUUUAAAUACUACUUUUAUCAAUUUUAUGUGUCAUUUAUAUACAUUCAUAUUGUCAAUCAGAAUACUAGGUUCUAUUAUAACUUAU